AUGUCUUCUACAACCUAUAGUUCUUUCAAGCUUGCAUGUAUUCAAUUAAAAGUUACAUCUGAUAAGAGCGCGAAUUUAAUUAAUGCGAAAAGUAAAAUUUUGGAAGCAUCGAGGAAUGGUGCUAAAGUUAUCGUUUUGCCAGAAUGUUUUAAUUCACCUUAUGGGACAAAAUAUUUUUCAGAGUAUGCAGAAAAUAUUCCACAAGGCGAAAGUGUGAAAACCCUUUCCGAAGCAGCAAAGGAAGCCAAAGCAUUUGUUGUUGGAGGAUCUAUACCGGAACGAGAUUCAUCUGGAAAGCUAUAUAAUACUUGUACCGUGUACGAUACUGAGGGAAAUCUUAUUGUGAAACAUCGCAAAGUUCAUUUAUUUGAUAUUGAUAUUCCAGGAAUGAUAAAAUUUCAAGAAAGUGAAACAUUAUCCCCUGGGAGUUCCUUAACACAAUUCGAAACUGAUUAUGGAAAGAUUGGAAUCGGAAUUUGCUAUGAUAUGAGAUUUCCGGAGAUGGCCAUGAUUGCUGCUAGAAAGGGAUGUAUUGCAAUGAUAUAUCCGGGUGCAUUUAAUCUUACAACUGGUCCAUUACAUUGGGAACUCUUACAAAGGGCUAGGGCUUUGGAUAAUCAAUUCUUUGUGGCUACGUGUUCACCUGCUCGAGAUAUGAAAUCAACUUAUAAUGCAUGGGGCCAUUCUACUGUGACUGAUCCAAACGGACAAAUUGUUGCAACCGCGGAACAUGACGAAGCAAUUAUUUAUGCUGAUAUAGAUUUGGAAAAAAUUAAACAAACUAGACAAAUGAUACCAGUAUCAUCACAAAGGAGAUUUGAUCUAUAUCCUGAUAUCUCUGCUCAUAAAUGA